UGUUUCUUCUUGUACAAGUUAUUUUGCUGUUGGAUUUUGUACUUGGAUGGAAUGAAAAUUGGGUUAGCAAAGAUGAACAGUUCUGGUACAUGGUGUUGUUUGUUGUCUCGCUUGUUUGUUAUGUGGAAACAGUUUCCUUCUCGGGGCUGCUCUUCCACUGGUUUACUCCCUCAGGACAUGAUUGUGGUCUUAACACUUUUAUCGUUAUGACUUUGAUUCUGGUUUUCAUUUUUGCUAUUGUGGUGCUGCAUCCAGCUGCAAGUCUAUUGAAGAGUAAGUUUGGGUUUGAUGAUGCUUUCAACUACAAGGAAGAACCUGACUUGACUGUAGCUUUAAAAAGGCAUUUUCCUGAGGGCAUCGACAUUUAUUUUGAGAGCGUGGGCGGCAAAAUGCUUGAUGCAGUACUAGCGAACAUGAAGUACCAUGGUCGCAUUGCAGUGAAAGCUCUAUGCAUAGAACUAGAUAAAAACAAGCAAUGCAAUCUGGCCAUUUGCUUGAUGCAUACAGGAAGAAUUUCAGAAGCAAAAUCUCUCCUUGAAAGGAUCCAACCUUCAUCUUCGGACUCAGACAAGCAUGGCACGGAUUCGUAUAUGAAAUCCUCUGAACGUGCAUGUGAAAUGCUAGCAGGUCUCAAAGUGUCAGUUGAUGAAUGGAGCGAUAGGAACAAAAAUCCAAAGAUCUUCUUCUGCUUCCUCUAUUACGGGAAUCUUGAAUUCCCUAGGUUCUGGUGAGGCAAAGCAGAACUGUGGACUGCAAGUCCAGAAGGAGCUGACGGAAGCAGAAAUGCAUGAUAGGGCCGUGGAUAUAUGCAAAUGGGUGAGGUCCAGUCAUUCAGUUGGGCCCCACAAGGGCUAAAAAUCAAUGGUAGGAUCGAGUCAUCUGAAUGCAGAGUCAAAUUUCAGUUGGGAAUGAAUGGUUUGUUUAAGCGUGUUCUGUGUUUUUUUUUUUUUUAAAGGCUGCGUAAGAAAUUAUUCUUUCUUUGCUCAUGAAAUUCUUUCUUUGCUCAUAAUAACUGGCUUGUUCCAAUAAUGGGUGUGGUCCAUUCAUCAGGUGUGCCCCCAGCAUGUUCUGUCUGAUGAUGUUGCUCCCUGAUGCAUGGACAGGGCAGUCCUAUUUCAAAGAAUGUGUAAACAGCUUCAAAAUUCAGAUGAGAUUCUGAAGUAAUUCUGUAUUCUUUCUUUGUUCAUAAAAUUCAAUCAGAAAUUACAUGGUUGUAUGCCUAGAUCCAAUAGCGAGGCUGGUCCAUUCAUCAGGACCACACUCGGAUGUUUUUGCCACCUGAUGAGUGGAGCUGGUCCUGUUUCUCAAUGAAGGUGGAAAACAGCUUCAGUUUCUGUUUGUAUUAGUAAUGGGGCUGAGCCUGUGGAGCUGGUCCUGUUUCAAUGAAGGUGGAAACAGCUUCAGUUU